AUGGACUCCAAGUACAAGCUGUUCAAAGGCAAUGGGCAGACAGUGGUUGACCUGAUUGCCGUGGAAAGGACGAGACCGAAUGGCCGGGUCAUCGGUAUCGACCUCAUCCCAGCCCAGCCGCCUCGUGGUGUAGCUACAUUCCAGGGCGAUUUUCUCUCGCCAGUUGUUCAGGAGAUGGUCAAAAAUUUCAUUCUUGAAAGCCAUCAGAACCCACCUAUUGGUCAGGAAACUGAGAAAUCCGACAUCUCUGUCACAGACGAAGGAAUCACGGUCGACCGCCCUAGCUAUCUCGACAUGGAGCGACACACGGGGCAAAACGAGCCACCAGCAUCUGGACUAGAAGGACCAAGCAAGCGCAUCGUCGAUGUUGUUUUGAGUGACAUGUCAGCACCCUGGGAGCAAACCACCGGCUUUAGCGUGAAGACAUUGAGUAAUCCCUAUCAUAGGUUGAUGAACACGAGCGGAAACGGCUUCCGUGACCAUGUGGGCAGUAUGGUAGGGGCUCCUGAAUCAUAUCACAAGUAA